UUUAAACUGUGAAUUGGUUACCAAGAUUUAAAACUCAGAAAAUUUCACACAGAAAUCCUGACUUCCAGCUUCUCCUGACAAACUAGAAAAUCCGACUAUAUUGAGCACUGUCCUUAAUGGGACGGUACCCUGUGGGAGCUUGAGAAGUGGCAUUCUGCUUUGCACGGCCCCUGCUCUCCAGUGUGCUGGUUCCAUCUGGCCCAUCUUGCUCCCUCGUUGCUGCUUGGCCCCUGCAGGCAUGAAGAGAGUGCUCUCUCUGCUCUAAGUGACCUCCUCCCCACCAAGAAACAUCCCUCAUCCAGGGGGCACAGUGAGAGACCUGGAGCUCCCGAAGAAGAAUAGGACUCAGAGAGGAAAGAAGGAAUCCAGGAAUCCUGGAAGUAGGUUUCUUCCCUUCACAAAAUUGCCUCAAACAAUUCAAGGCUUCCAUGAGACAGAAGGGAGUCCCUAAGGUCACCUUUUAACUCCCUGCUGAAGCCAUUCUACAGAAGUUUGUGCAGUGGUGGUGGGAGGUAAAAGGCAUUGAGGAAAAUGAGGCAUCUAGGUAUCUAUGAAUUUCAGUUUUUCUUACCCUCCUUAACUCUCAUUGCAGCCUCCUUCCAAACAUGACCACAAAUGUCUGGCACCCACAGGUACUCAGGAACUGCUGAAUGAAGCAUGUCAGCCUCUGAAAAGAUUUUUGCAACCAAAGUCAUUACAUCCAAAUGACACUUCAUUUUGAAAAAAUGCACUUAGAGGGAAGACCUAAAUAUAAGUCCUAAACCUGUCUUCACAACUUUGUGAUCUGAUGCAAGUUAGUCUCUCUGAUUCCAUUUCACCAUCUGUAAAAUGGGGUCACAACAUUGACCCGUCACGCAGAAGUAUCGCAGGAUAAGUAUGCAAAGUGCCUGGUGUGAGCCCUGGCUAGUAACAGGAGUAAAGACAGCAGAGGAAAAAUAAGCAGAGCCAGGAACAUAGCAGACACUCCAACCCAAGAGCUCAAUCAUCAUUAGUAGUUAUCCCUGGUGCUUGCUUUCUAUCUUAGCAACAUCUGACUUAUAGGAAAAUAACACUGAUGUUACUUAUCAGUACCUAUUUUAAGAUGGUGUGUUUGCUUUUCCAUCAUGUUUUCUUUCCAGGCUAUCAAGUGCUGUUUAGCAGAUCUUCCACAGUCUAUUGGCAUGUGGACACCAGAUGCUGUGCUUUGGCUGAGAGAUUCUGUUUUGAAUUGCUCGGACUGUAGCAUUAAGGUUACAAAAGUGGAUGAAACCAGAGGCAUCGCACAUGUUUAUUUAUUUACCCCCAAGAACUUCCCCGAUCCUCACCGCAGCAUCAAUCGGCAGAUUACAAAUGCAGACUUGUGGAAGCAUCAGAAGGAUGUGUUUUUGAGUGCUGUAUCCAGUGGAGCUAGCUGUCCCCACAGCAGAAGUGGUGGCACCCCCGUUCCGGGCAGCACUGGGGAGAAUUUCAGAAAGAGCCUCGCAGAUGCCAUCAAGAAGUCCCUGGUGGAGCACAGCAGCUCCUCCUCCACAGAGGAACUGCCACCUCCUGUCCACCUGUCGAAGCCAGGGGAGCACAUGGAUGUGUACGUGCCGGUGGCCUGUCACCCAGGCUACUUUGUCAUCCAGCCCUGGCAGGAGAUACACAAGCUGGAAGUUCUGAUGGAGGAGAUGAUUCUGUACUACAGUGUGUCUGAGGAGCGCCACGUGGCCGUGGAAAAAGACCAAGUGUAUGCCGCCAAAGUGGAAAACAAGUGGCACCGGGUGCUUUUAAAAGGAAUCCUGACCAACGGGCUGGUGUCCGUGUAUGAGCUGGACUAUGGCAAGCACGAACUCGUCAACAUAAGGAAGGUGCAGCCCCUGGCGGACGUGUUCAGGAAGCUGCCCUUUCAAGCCGUCACAGCUCAACUUGCAGGGGUGAAGUGCAACCAGUGGUCUGAGGAGGCUUCGAUGGUAUUUCGAAAUCAUGUGGAGAAGAAACCUCUGGUGGCAUUGGUUCAGACAGUUAUAGAAAAUGCUAACCCUUGGGACCGGAAAGUCGUGGUCUAUUUAGUGGACACAUCGUUGCCAGACACAGAUAUCUGGAUUCAUGAUUUUAUGUCAGAGUAUCUGGUAGAGCUUUCAAAAGUUAAUUAAUCACUGCUUCUGAGAUAUUGACAACUAAUUCAGAUUUUUUAGCAAUAACAAAAUGUAGUAGGCUUUAAAAAAAGAAACCUCAUCUCUGCUACAGAGCUCUGACUGCUGUGGGGAUUGAAAACAAUAUGCUUCUGUUUGAUGAAAGAUAUUUAACAAGUUUUGUUUUAACCGAGUUGACUUUUCAAAGAAAAUUGCACUUGAAUUAUUACUACAAUAUUAGAAUAAAAAUGUUUAUCAAUAUAAAAA